CCAUCAACUACAAUCAAACAUCACUUUUUACACUGCGACAAGCUUCUACAUCAUGGCUCCCAAAGCAAGUUCCAAGGCUGCAUCCUCCGCUGCUCCCGCCAAGAAGGGAAAGGCCGGCAAGAAGGAAGGCCCUAAGCGCCCACUUUCCGCAUACAUGUUCAUGUCCCAGGACUGGCGUGAGCGUAUCAAGGCCGCCAACCCAGACGCCUCUUUUGGCGAGGUUGGCAGGCUGCUUGGUGCCAAGUGGCAAGAGAUGUCUGAGGCUCAGAAGAAGCCUUACCUCGACAUGGCCGAGCGCGACAAAGUCCGCGCUGCCAACGAGAAGGCCGCUUUCGAGAAGAAGAGCGGUGGAGGAAAGGGCAGCAAGAAGCAGCAAGCUUACGAAGAGGACAGCGAUUAAACCCGAAUCGACGCGUCAUGAUCCGUCUUCUCGCCUUGCUCUCGUCGCUCGUCUCAAUCUAGUCUCGCUCCUCGCAUCUAUGCUCCAAGCCCGACCCUUUGUGCUCUCUCUGAAUGUGUGCAAGAGAGGGGGGAGGCCCUGCUUGCGCUUGAGCGGCUGGCUCAACUCUACGCUCGAUCAUACGUAAUCUUGUCAAGCCCUCAUCGUAUUUUCAGCCGCCUCUCGAAAGGACUUCUCUGCUCCCGAUACCGAUGUACAAGGGCUUCUUUCCCCCCCCUUUUUCCGCAACAACUCUUGAGCUCUUGCCUUGAGGUGCUGUGUACUCGCACGUGUAACAUUGAUCCCCAUUGACCCGCCUCGUCUCACGCCUGAUUUUCUUGCGCGCGCGCGACCUCGUCCA